UCAUUGUUAUAAACCCUCAGAAUGGCCCACCGUAUCGUCGGCCAGGUCCUCGUCACCGGCGCUCGAGUCUUCGGUCGAGCCUUCGGAGAGGCAUACAAACAAGCCCAAGCCUCCUCCAAAUAUGCCGCUGAAGCUUCCAAAGGCAACAUGGGCGCCGCAAACACCUUCGCAUCCGGCGGUUUGUCUCUCGAUGAGGCCUGCAGGAUCCUCAACACCAAGCCCCCGCAAGGCGGCAAAGCGGAACUCGAUCAAGUCAUGGAACGAUUCAAGAAGCUGUUCGACAUGAAUAAUCCCGAGAAAGGAGGCAGUUUCUACAUUCAGAGCAAGAUUCUUCGCGCACGCGAACGGAUAGAGAUGGAGGUUCGACAGGCAGAACGACAGGCGGCACAUGAGAAGGAACUGAAGGAUGGGUGGAAACCCAAGGUGUACAAGGACCGGUGAUCUCUCGUCUACUUUUUUCGAACCGGUUCUCAACGAACAAGCUUGAACGCGUGUCUGGCCCUGCGUCGUCUCCCGCCACGAGAUAAAAUCAGAAAAAAAAAGUGCCGCCCCUCGGUUUUCGCAGCAUAGCAUGGCGUUUGUGGUAUUACUCGAAUUUCUAUACUCUCGCACUCUCGCGCCUCUCGCAUGAAAGUGCCUCACGUCGGAAUGGAUUUGACUGGAGUUGAUCGGACCCGAUUCUAUCGUUCUAGUUCGAGGGGAUUUGUACAGUAUACUGGGGAGUGUGAAGGAUUGAUAUUUCUCUUUUGGUUUUGCUUCGCUUGGAUUAUGAGCAACUCUUCUCCACUCUUCCUCUCUAACUCCCCAGAAGGAUGUUAUGUAUUAUAAAUACUAUGUAUGUGUGAUGUCUGAUUGAUUUAGU